CCCCUGGAGCAUGGCUCCGGGCAGGGGCUUCCGGCCAGCGGCCAGGAUGUCGCCCCUGGGCAAAGUGACCCGGGUACCCAGCGGCAAAGUCUACUACCAGAUCUUUCAGGCUGAGGCACAGCUAGUCCAGUCCCUGGCAGCCACCAGGAAGCAAGCUGCAGAAAAUCCUGUGGUCCCCCAAAGUGGCACAACACCCAUGAUGAAGAAGAUGGACAUUCCUGAAGGGGAAACAAUGACCCCUCGGCAGAAGAAGUGGAUGUGCAGCCUCCCCAACAACUGGCGCACAGAAAACCCUGUUCUCCACAGGGAAAAGGGAAUAGCCAAGAGGGAGAAAAUGCGUGAGAAUGAGAACAUGAUUGCGGCCCGAGAAGUGCGGGGCCUCAUGGACCAUGUUGUUCCCGAGAAGUUCAGCACCAUCGCCUUUAAAGAGCAAGAAGAGAGAAAGAAAAAGAACUACAACUGUGCGCUGAAAAGCUUUCAGGAUGAGAUCUCACAGAUUGGCAUGGAGAUGGAGCCUCUGGUCUUGGAAACUGGGCAACGGUUUUUGAAGACGCUGUCCAAGUCUGACCAAGACAUUGACCAUCUCUUCCAAAAAAUGGAAGACAAAAGCAACUUCAAGGACUACACCAUGGAAAUCCUGUUGGAGCUGUGGGAUAAGGUGGCUGGGAUAUUUCUGCAGCAGAAGCAAGAAGUGAAGGAGCUGGACCAAGCUCUGCUAUCACUGGAGGUCACUCGGGCAGACAAGCUAAAGGAUGUGUUGAAGAGAUACGUAGACAUCAUAGAGAAAACGUCCUACCUCUUGCAGCCCGAUGUGUACAGGCUGAUAGAUAAAGAAGCUAUGGCCAUGAAUCAAGCUCUGCUGGGUAACCGGAGAGCCAUCGCCCAGCUGUUUGUCAACCUGACUGAGACCAUCCUACAGCAGGAGCUCAACAGCCACCAGCGCUGGCAGGGCCUGGUGGAUGUGUGGAAGACUCUCAAGAAGGACAGUGUGCUACAGAGCUUCAGUGAGUUCAUGGCCAGUGAGAAUAUCCAGGAACCCCCGGCUAUAAAGAAGGAGCUGGAGGCAAUGCUGAAGAUGCAGGGAGCCCUGCAGCGGGCACGGCUGGAGCACCUCAGCACCAUCUGUAACAUCCUGCCUCCCAACUACUCGAAAGCCCAGCUGAAUGAGUGGUACAGUAACCUCUGUUCCUUGAACAAGCACCUCGACGCGUACCAUGUGGACCGCAUGGAGUUGAUCCACUUCCUGUAUGAAAAGACCUGGCAGGAGUGCCUGCUGCAUGUGCAAGAAUGCAAGGAGCAGCUACUGACCUGGAAGGCCUUCACUGAGGCAGAGGCCGAGAGCCUGGUGAACCCAGCCUUCUACAAGAUAGUGGGAGAGUUCCAGGGCAAGGUGGAGAAGAAGCUGGAGCUGCUGGAUAACUCCUUUGAGGCUUUGGCUAAACAGACGGAGUGGCAGAGCUUGGACCUCUUCAGAUACUUCCAGGAGUCUGUGCAGCUGUGGGAAGAGCACCAGGACGUACUGUCGACGCAAGAGGGGGAGCUGGAGAAGAGGAUGGAAUGCCAUCGGCAGAAGAUCAACCUGGAGAACCAGAACCAGGAGAUCUAUCUUGAUAAGCUCCUGGACCAAAUGAGGCAACAAAGCCAUGAAGAAGCACUGAGGCUACAGUUGGAAAAAACCACAGCUUUUCUGCAGCACAUGAAGUCAAGAUAUGAGUCUUUUCAUGCCAUCUUGACCGAGGAGGUGAUGGAGUACCCAGGGGUCAUUCUGAAAGAACUCAAUUCUUACAGCUUCAACCUCAGCCAACAUUUCUUCAUCCGUGAAGUCUUUGAACAGAACUUGGCUGGGGAAGUGAUUUUCAAAUUCAGGCAACCAGAAGCCAAUGAAAAGGACAUCCUAAGGAGAUUGCAGAUACAGAAGAACAAAAAAGAGGCUAGAAUGGAAAUGAACAGAGCUGAAGGAAGCUUAAGUCAAGAGUCAGGUUCUGAAAGGCCAGCUGAAGAGGAAGAAGAAAAAGGUCAAGUAACAGACUCCUCCAUAGCUGAAGAGGGGCUGAGCCAGCAGGACAAGUUCCCACAGAGUGAUGAGACGAAGGAGUCCAGAGAAGGUGGUGUGCAAGAACCAGAAGAAACGCAGGGAGAGAGAGAGAACGCGUUAGAACCAUCCCACAGCCUGGAAAUUGCGAGGGUUAUAGAAGAGCAGGAAGAGAAAGAGGAGGAGAAAGAAGAGAAGAAAGAAGAGAAGGAAGAAAAACAGGAGGAGAAAGAAGGAGAAGGGCAAGAGGAAGAGGAAGAAAUGAAAGAGGAGGAAGAGAAGAGAGAAGAGAAGGAGGAGGAGGAGGAGGAGGAAGACAUUAUCCAGCACGAGGAGGAGGAAGAUCAAGAGAAUUUAUUUACGGGUCAAGAUGAAGCCAAGGAAGACAGCCUGGAGAAGGUAUUCCAAGAGGACAUGGAAUCUUUCACAACCUCAAGUGGAAACACUUAUUUUGUCUUUAUAUCCCUGGAAGAAGAAGAAAAGAGGCACAGGAAGCCUCAUUUCUACUUUUCUGUCUUCCCCCUCAAAGACACUUCCAGCACCAAGUACAUAGAAGAAGUGAUCAUUCCACCCAAACUGAUCCUAAAUAUUAAGCAACAGCUUCGAGCUGGCUUCUUUGAACACCUUGAGAAGUGGUUUGACCAAUGUGUCCUCAGUGCUCGGGUCAUCGUGGCUGCUAAGACUAAUGAGCUGGAUUCAGAACUGGAGUUGCGUCUGCAUCUGCACCAGCCAAGAGCCCAGUAUGUGGAGAAGGACAUCCACAACGUCAGGGCAGCCGAGCUCUUACUUCACAAAGAGCGGUUGGACAGCCACUGUGCUGGGGUGAUAGAGACGCUGAAGAAGGAGAGGCUGAUGUUCUGUCAGUUCCAAGAAGAGCAAGUGGUCAGGAGCACAAACUUCCGCCGCAAGAUCUAUGACAUGGAGCACAUCUUCUUGAAUGCCACCAAAAGCCAAAAGCUGGUGAUUCUCACCAACACACUGCACCAGGAACUACUCAGCUUCGUGGAUGUCAUCCAGGUAUCUCUGAGGAGCUUCCGCCAGUACUUGGAGGAGAGUCUGGGCAAACUCCGUUACACCAACAUCAAUUACAUCAAGCACUGCAGAUUGUUUUCAGAGGGUGGCAACUUUUCCUCUGAUGAGAUUGAGUCACUGUGUCAUCGACUGGAGAAGGAAGCUGCCCGGAUAGAGUUUGUUGAAAGUUUAAUCAUGAUCCAUAUGGAGAAGAUGGAGACUGAGUACCUGGACCAGGCCAAUGAUGUCAUCAACAAAUUUGAAAGCAAAUUCCAUAACCUAUCUGUGGACCUUAUUUUCAUAGAGAAAAUCCAGCGGCUGUUGACAAAUCUGCAAGUGAAUAUCAAGUGCCAGGUGGCAAGAUCCAAUUUGCAAACUGAUGGAUUAAACACUUCUCUGGAGCAGCUUCAGAGCAAGAUAGAAAAGUGUCGAGACCGAACAGGAGAGAAAGCCAUGGUGACCAUAGAUGACCUUCUCGCCUUUGUCCGAACUUGGAAAGAAAAAGUGAACCAGAGAAUUCGGUACCUCAACUGUACCCUGGACGUGGUGCCCCUGAAUAAAGUGGUCAUUACAGAACCUGAUAUGAGUGAUUUGGAAAUGGAAAGUGACAUCCAGGUGUCUUCAGAGGCCCUGGAGGAAGAGGGGGCCAAAGUGGCCUUGGUCACUCCUGAGUCCUUCGCCCAGCCAAGCCGCAUGGGGAAGCCCAUGAUUGAGGACCCUGCUGUGGAGGUGAUCAAGAGGAUCCUGCAACUGACUUCUACGAAACCACACCUGUGUGAUAAAGAUCGCUCACAUGCAGGUAAAGGAACAGCCUCAUGGUCUCAGGGAGUGAUGGAGGGGGGAGCUGGAGGCAGUCGUGCCUCAUCCCGUGUCUUCUGUUCUUGUCCUGGGCACCCGUCUCCCAAGGCUAAGCGAAGUCGGUGCAAAGCUGAAAAGUCUAUGAAAAAGGCUUUAUCCAUCACCAGUGCCACCUCAGCAGGCAGCAUCACACGGCACUCCAAGUACAGCCGAAUGGACAGAAAGUACCUGAUGCUGGGGGACAAGCCUCCUCCUCAGGCUGAGGAUUUUAAGGGCAUCAUCCAGACCCUCCUGUGGGAGAGCAGCGACCAACUGAUGACUGUCGUGGAGGAAUUUUACCGGAAAGAGAAACGCCCCGUCACCAGGCCUGAUUGCAUGUAUGAAACCUUUGACCAGUGUGCUGAGCACAUCAACAGGAAGAUCCUGGAGUAUCAGAGCCAGGCAGAUGAGUACCACAACUCCUGCCUUGUGGAAUUACGAGCCCAGUUGAGGAGAUUUGAGGAACUGCUGCCUCAGGUGUGUUGGCUGGUGAUGGAGAACUUCAAGGAGCAGCACUGGAAGAAGUUCUGUGCCUCCAUGAAAGAGACCCAGCAACCCUUUGAGCAGCAACAGAAGGAGCUAGAGAAAAAGAAGGCUGAGAAUUUCCAGAAGCUCCAUCCAAGUCUUGGACACCCCAAAUAUUCUCAACAAAUGGAGUCACUGCGCAUCAUGGAGGAGAAAAGGCAGGAGGAGCUGGAGGGCACCCUCAAGUUAUACAAGGAGGAGCUGGAGGAAUUCAUCAGGAAGUAUGGCCGCCUUUUCAUAUCCAGCUUGGCCACUUUCACAGAGAAGUUCCUGCUACAGCUAGAUGAAGUGAUCACAAUUGACGACAUCCAAGUUGCACGGGUGGAAUCCCAAAAGCAGAAAACAUCUAUUCUCAUUCGGAGGAAGCUGGCUAAGCUCUCCCUGGAAGAAGAGAAUGAGAAGCCCCUGAUUGAACGUGGGAGCAGGAAGUGGCCAGGAAUCAAACCCAACGAAAUCACCAUCCGAACCAAGAUUCUGACACAUAAGACACCCUCAAUAUGCACCUCUAAGACCACCCUGGGCCACAUGGCAGCUGUGGAAGCCCGAGAUGCUGUGUACCUGAAAUACUUGGCCCUGCUUGAGGAGGCGCUGAAGAAGAACCAGAAUGACUUCACAGUCCUGGAGUUGGAGGCUCGACACUGGAAGGACAACUGGGUGCGCUCUGUCACCACCAUCAAGGGCCUGUAUUUGUCCCAGCCUCCUGCCGCUGUCAAAUAA